CCUCCGAUCGCUUCAGUCUCGCGUCAGGACUCGAAAGUCGCGGUGGACACGACACCGAAACCGUAACCCGCGUCACGAACCACGAGAGCCCUCUCCUCGGCGUAACGCGUCCUCACCUGGACGAUCGAGACGCGCUCCGGUGCUUCCCCGUAUCCUCGACUCGCCGUUGUGCUUGUGCCUAGAUCUCGCUUCUGUGAACAUUUUCACAGAAAAGCCCACUCUGCUGCUCCGUUCCGUGAGCUAGUUCGAUCCGAGGACCGAUGCCCGAACCGGUCGACAGUCCACUCUCGAUGACGUCCGUCCAUUGCCAGGAUUACACUUAGAGGAUUAGUGAUCGACACGAAGAAGCGUGAACGGGCGUCCACGACAUCGCCGACCACAGGAUUCCACGAGGUGUCCAAGGCCCAAGUCGAAGUGACGGGACAGCAGGCGGCGGAGGCGGUCUGGUGAACGCGAACGCUCUUGGAACAAUGCAGAACAAUUCGGACAGCACGCUGGACGCGACGAUGACGCCCAGCACGGUACUGGCGACACCGGGGUUGAACAACCCCGCGUGGAAUCGCCAGCAAGCGGUCAGCGUCAGGCACGCGUUCAAAACGUACGGGAGCAGCAAAAACCCCAACCACGUGAUACAGAAUCUUAGCAUGACCGUGGCCAAGGGAUCCAUAUACGGGUUGCUAGGCGCCAGCGGAUGCGGUAAAACUACCCUACUUUCAUGCAUCGUGGGUCGACGACGAUUAAACUCGGGCGAGAUUUGGGUCCUAGGAGGCAAACCGGGCACGAAAGGAUCCGGUGUUCCAGGAAAAAGGGUUGGCUACAUGCCUCAAGAGAUCGCCCUUUACGGAGAGUUCACGAUUCGCGAGACGAUGAUGUACUUUGGCUGGAUAUUCGGGAUGUGCACCGCGGAGAUCGCGGACAGGCUACGAUUUCUCUUGCAAUUCUUGGAUCUGCCCUCCCAGAAUCGACUGGUGAAGAAUCUCAGCGGUGGCCAGCAAAGACGCGUGUCCUUCGCUGUGGCCCUGAUGCACGAUCCCGAGCUCCUCAUCCUCGACGAGCCCACUGUUGGUGUGGAUCCGUUGCUAAGACAAAGUAUCUGGAAUCACUUGGUCCAAAUCACCAAAGACGGCAACAAAACUGUCAUCAUAACCACUCACUAUAUCGAAGAGGCUCGACAGGCGCACACGAUCGGUUUGAUGAGAAGCGGACGCUUGCUGGCCGAGGAAUCUCCCAGGGCUCUACUCGCGAUAUACAACUGCACGUCUCUCGAGGAGGUUUUCCUAAAACUAUCGAGGAAACAGGGACAAUACGCUCAACCGCCCACGGAAUUGAACAUCUCGAACAACAUUAGUCUGGCUUCCCUGAACUGGGGCAAGAAGAACGAGCCCGUUUACGUGACGGAGGAGUCUGGCGUCGUGGGGCUGAACUUCCAUCAGAGCAAGGAAGUGCUCAUCAACGACUCGACGAAUGGCGUUGGAAACCACUACGACCUGAACGGGAAACCACUGUCAGGCGCCAAGAGCUCGACGCUGGAGUGCAACAAUUGCGGGAAUUUGUCGGACUGUUACAAGAUAAGCAGUACCGGGAAAAUGAAGGCGCUCUUGCAAAAGAACUUUCUGCGUAUGUGGAGAAACGUGGGAGUGAUGCUGUUCAUUUUCGCGCUUCCGGUAAUGCAAGUGAUCCUGUUUUGCCUGGCAAUCGGCAGAGAUCCAACGGGAUUGAAACUGGCGAUAGUGAACCACGAAAUGUUCUACGAGAACAUGUCCUGUCCGAUAUCGAAGGACUGCGACUUCACGCACCUGAGUUGUCGAUAUCUGAAAUUUUUGGACAACGAAACGAUGAUCAAGGUGUAUUAUCCGGAUCCUGACACGGCGAUGGACGCCGUGCGGAAAGGAGACGCAUGGGGAACGUUGUAUUUCACCGAGAACUUCACGGACGCUCUGGUCGCGAGAAUGGUGCUAGGAAGGGACGCCAACGACGAGACUUUGGAGCAGAGCGAAAUCAGAGUCUGGCUGGACAUGUCCAAUCAGCAGAUCGGUCUGAUGCUAGCUAGAAAUCUUCAGUAUUCGUACAGAGACUUUGCCAAAGACCUUUUGUCAGCCUGCGACCAAAACACGAAACUGGCCGACGUCCCGAUCCAGUUCAAGGAUCCAGUUUACGGCACCAACGAGCCCAGUUUCACCGACUUCGUGGCACCGGGAGUAAUCUUGACGAUCGUGUUCUUCUUGGCGGUGGCCCUGACCUCGUCCGUUCUGAUCAUCGAAAGGAUGGAGGGUCUGCUGGACAGAAGCUGGGUGGCGGGCGUCACGCCCGGCGAAAUCCUCUUCUCUCACGUGAUCACCCAGUUCGUCGUCAUGUGCGGUCAAACCGCACUGGUGCUAGUCUUCAUGAUCCUCGUGUUCGGCGUCGAAUGCAAGGGAGAAAUCGGCUGGGUGAUCGUGCUGACGAUCCUUCAAGGUCUCUGCGGCAUGUGCUUCGGGUUCGUGAUUUCAGCGAUCUGUGAACUCGAAAGAAACGCUAUCCAGCUCGCUCUAGGCAGCUUCUACCCCACGCUUCUAUUGAGCGGCGUGAUCUGGCCGGUGGAAGGUAUGCCGACGGUUCUGCGAUACAUAUCCCAGGGUCUACCUUUAACAAUGGCCACAACGUCGCUGCGUUCGAUGCUCACCCGCGGUUGGAGCAUCGUGGAGCCGGACGUCUACAACGGGUUCAUCUCGACCAUCGUCUGGAUAGUCCUGUUCCUCACGAUAAGUAUAAUGGUGCUAAAGUUCAAGCGCGGAUAGAAGAGGCGGGGCGUAGCCGUUCGAACCGCCGCAAAGAACGUGAGAUCCGAUCAGGGUCGGCCACCGGGAUGGAAAACUCGAAGCAACGAGGAUAAACGCUUCGACGACGACCUCCUCGACAGUGCGUGGACCGUCUGGACACGUGACGCCCCUGCGCGCGCUCGCCUAACAGUGCCCUCUUGCGUGGAAGAAUGGAAACGCGCGAAUGGUUGCAAGAGCUGUGCCCGAUCCUCAGGGAUCAUUUUCUUCUUCUUUUUCUUUCUUUUCUUUCUUUUUAGUUCAAAGUCUGUAAUAUAACGAGUAUCCUCGGGGAUGGAUUUUAUUACCAUGGAUAGCCAUUUUACGUGACAAGUACCCGUCGUCUUGUUCGGAGUUCUUUGUCCGCGGUUAAGCAAGGAAUCUGUCGUUACCGAUCGAGAUUCACCCAUUCCCGACCGUUUUGUGUACAUUUUUAUCCGACGUGCGUGUUAAUCGCGUAACGGGACGAACGAGAGACGUUCGUACUUGUAUCCCGGUACAAUGUGCUCUGGUAAACACGUCCCGAAUGUAAAUGGGAUCGAGAGUAGUAUGUUGUUAAGUUAAAGAGUAGUGGAUUAGACGUAAGACAGUCUCGCUUGCCCAUGACUCGAGUGUAACGUUGUAUAUUUAAAUUUUAACGAUCGCAAAUAAGAUGGGUAAACACGACACGCGGUGCAAUUUUUUUUUUUUCUUUAUUUAGCAAGAUAUGUAUAUUAAACGUGGAAACGAAUUCCACCCAAUUGUAAACUACACGUUGCGGGGAAAUUUGAGAGGAUCAAGUUUCCAAAUACGAUUCAAACGUUGUCACGCGUGCGUUGUACAAUACGAUUCUAGAACGCGUAAAUGUACUAUAUUGUACUAUAUAAACGAUCGUAGCCGUUGUGUUUUAUACGCUAUCGAUGUGUUUUCGCGUUGCUCGCGCUCGAAAAAUCAUUCGAAAUUGUACGAUAUUUUUACUUUAUAUUUCCUAGUUGAAUUUUCUCCCUCGACCUCUUGAUACAAAAGAAAUAAAGCUGUAAAGGAUAUAUUGAGAGGAUAGUUAUACAUAUAAGAAAAACA